CUUUACUACGGGGUACUGCGCAAAACAAACCGAUUCUUACGUGACCAUAAACUACCAUACUAAUUUAUGUUUGAUUAUUUAAGCUGAACAUUGUGAAGAAAACAAAUAUUUCACAUUUGAAAGAUUCGCUAAAACGCAUGAGCUGAGUAAAUGUUUCAAAAUUGUAUCCCCCUUUUCUUCGUCGUUCCAUGAAGUGUUCCUUCCACCAAUUCCACAUGUAGCUCUACUUGUUACUGUCCCGAUAGAUAUGUGGCAGUCUACGCGAACGACGGGUCUUCGAAGAAUUCUCAAGUAUUUGUCUUGCUGAAAGAAAAUCGGAAUUACAAAACUUUGCCUCAGAUCUUAGUGGAUUUAAUUUCAGCCAAGACGAAGGGAAUUUUGGUCGUUAAUGGAGUCUGCCCACCCCAGGCGUCUGCCCCGUGCUCUUGCCCUCAUGGUCCCGUUGCAGUGUUGAGGAGUGGCGUGCUGGCACCGCAGUCUGUGGGCACAGCACACAGAGGGUUAGCGCAGGGCCCGGUGCCCCCCUCCCCGUGGGACCGUCCCGGCCGGACGAAGAUGAACAAACUGAACUUCCACAACAACAAAACCAUGCAGGACCGCCGCUGUGUCUGUGUCUUCCUCCCCAACGACGACACGCUCAACAUCAUCGUCAACGUGAAGACUCUGUGUCAAGAACUGCUCGCCCAGGUGUGCGACCUCCUCCGACUGAAGGACUGUCACCUGUUCGGCCUGAGCGUCAUUCAGAAUAAUGAGCACAUUUACAUGGAGCUGAGCCAGAAGCUGUCCAAGUACUGCCCUAAGGAGUGGAAGAGGGAGGCCAGCAAAGGAAUUGACCAGUUUGGUCCACCGAUGAUCAUUCAUUUCAGGGCUCAAUAUUACGUGGAGAACGGGAGGUUAAUAAGUGACCGGGCAGCCAGGUACUAUUACUACUGGCACCUGAGGAAGCAGGUGCUGCUGUCCCAGUGCGUCCAGCGGGAGGAGGCCUACUUCCUGUUGGCGGCCUUUGCCCUGCAGGCCGACCUGGGGAACUUCAAGCGCAAUAAGCACUUUGGGAAAUACUUCGAGCCGGAGGCCUACUUCCCACCCUGGGUGAUUGCAAAGAGGGGGCGGGACUACAUCCUGAGGCACAUCCCCAACAUGCACAAGGACCAGUUUGCCCUCACCGCCUCCGAGGCCCACCUCAAGUACAUCAAGGAGUCUGCCCAGCUGGAUGAUGUCACCGUCCACUACUACAGACUCUACAAGGACAAAAAGGAAGUCGAUGCCUCGCUGACCCUGGGACUGACCCUGCGUGGCAUUCAGAUAUUUCAGAAUGUGGGAACAGUGAGACAACUCCUGUAUGAUUUUCCCUGGACCAACGUGGGCAAGCUGGUUUUUGUGGGGAAGAAGUUUGAGAUCCUUCCGGAUGGGCUGCCGUCGGCCCGGAAGCUGAUCUACUACACGGGCUGCCCGACCCGGUCCAGACACCUGCUCCAGCUGCUAAGCAACAGCCACCGCCUCUACAUGAACCUGCAGCCCCUGCUGAAGCAGGUCCGCAGGCUGGAGGAGAACGAAGAGAAGAAGCAGUAUCGGGAGUCGUACAUCAGCGACGCCCUGGAUCUGGACAUGGACCAGCUGGACAAGCGGUCCCGGGCCAGCGGGAGCAGCAUGGGGAGCGUGUCGCGCCACAAGCGCCGCCUGUCCCGCCACUCCAUGGCCAGCCAGGGCAGCUCGCACACGUCGGGCAUCGAGGCGGACAGCUUCCGCACGGCGGGCCAGGCCCCCCACCGCCCGCUGCGCACCUGCAGCAGCUCCACCACCAGCCACGGCAGCUCGCACACCUCCGGCGUGGAGAGCGGCGGCAAGGACCGCAUCCUGGACGACGACGAGAUUGAGAUGCUGGUCGAUGACCCCAAGGAUUACGAGGAGCUCCACGAGCUCGCGCUGGAGCUCAGUCAAGACCUGUGCAUUCACAUCACUGAGGACAUGCUGACGUCCGGACAGACAAACGGCUACUCGGGGCUCAUUGUGAAGGACGUCAGCUCUUCUACAUCCAGCUCCUCAGAGACCGUGGUGAAGAUGCAUGGCCAGAGCAUCGAGUCUCUCCCUCAGACGGCGGGAAGCAGGAAGCCGCAGACGUCCGCCGACCGGCACAGCCAGUCCCUGGACGACGUGCGGCUGUACCACAAGGGCUGCCUGCAGUGGGCGGAGCUGUGCCAGGACACGGCGCAGAGCUACACCUUCGGCUGCGCGCGCGAGCUGAGCGACGCCGGCUGCCAGGGCCUGGCGGAGCAGUGCGCCGCCAUUCGCGAGAACCCCGCCUUCCCCAUCAAGAGGACCAGCAAGUACUUCUCCCUGGACCUCACCACCGACGAGGUCCCCGAGUUCGUGGUGUGACGGCGGCGACGACACACCCCCCCCUCUCCAGACCUGACAGGGCCUGGUGUUGUUGUGCUGAGGGGGGUGGGGAGGUGUUCCAAAGAGCCGGGCUCCGCGAAACCCUCCCAACGGCCUGCUGGGAAGACCGGCGCGUGCUGCGUGUAUAGAGACUAGAGGCUCGGCGCGGGUCGUGGUUAUCUGUUACAGCGUGGGUCUGCCUGGAGUCUGCGGCAGCCUGGCGGCCAGCGGGAGAGAGAGAGGGAGGGAGGGAACCGUGGGGAACCUUAAAAUGGAUGCAGAUGAAUUCCGCAGAUGUGCUAAAAGGCACGCUCCCACACCCAUUGUGAUUUCACUUGUGCCGUUUCCAUGGGGACGGAUUUUUGAGUCUCCGCCGUGGCGCUGGGCGUAAAUGGAAUUUAAAAGGGAACCGAGGGGACGGUCGAGGAACUGGAUUCUGUUAACACUCUGUGUGUUUUUUUAUUUUUACUUAUAUUUUUUUAACAAAGAAAGCGCUUGACUGAAUCCCCCGUGGGGCGGAGCACGCCCUUCCGUAGCCGCACGCGAAGGGGGAGCGGCUUUACGGAGGGAGGGGCUCCACACGCUGAGGUCACGGCGAUGCCGGGGGGGGGGCCCAGGCAGCUGAAGACGCGGUGUGUUCUGCCCGACCCCCCCCCAGCGCUGGGUCUGUUCAGCCUGUCCUGAGGUCGCUGCGAACCCUGGCGCUGACCCCCCGGAGGUCAGGCCGCCCGUCCGCCGGGCCCCUGAGGGCGGUUCUGACCCGAGACCCCGCCUCCGUUUCGCCGUUCGCUUCUGUCAGCCGUCUUUUCCCGCCGUGCUGCGCCUCGGCCUUCAGCGCCGCUCUCCUUAAAGCGAAGACCCGCCCGCGCGUUCCCCCCCCCCCGUUCCCCGCGCGGGGCCCCCCAAUCACAGGCCACCUCAGAGCGCCGAGGAGCCCAAAAACGCCAAACGCAAACCAAAGAUAAGCCUCACAGGAGCCACGCGCCCGCGCAGCUCGGCACGGGCACCGCAGCGCCACGCGCGAGCUGGACCGAGCGUGACCUCACCGCCGGGCUGACGUGGGCAACCCGUGGAACGCCACGGUUUAAAACGCACAGUUCCAUUCAAACGCCACAAGGGGUCACCGGCGCGCUGUUCGGAAUGUCCGGCUCAAGGGUUGGUGACUGAAAAGGACCACGCGCUCUGUCUUCCCUCUCUCGCCGUGUAAUCCUUGUGUGUGACCCCGUGCCGCCAUUUUGUUUGCCAGGAAGUGCAUCGUGCCAAUUUCCUCUACAUGGAACGGUUUCCUCUUAAGAAAAAAACUGCCAUAAAAGCCUUAUGUGCCUUUUUAGCUCUAUGCAGAUCCUCGAAUCGUAAAUUUGCCUCGACAAUCGCAGCGCGGGCAGAGUAGGUCUCACCCAGAGAAGCCGCAGCACGAGGGACACGAAACGCAUCCGUGCUACGAGCUGCCCUGCGCUGUGGCGUUUCUUUAUCCGUAGUCAUGGCGAUCACGUGUCAUUUUAUGUGUUGAGUCUCCCAUUCCCGUUCCUUCUCGCCACAGCAUUUGGACUUGGAAGAGCAGAGAGAGGCAGGAGAAAUGAUGUCACCGUUGGUUGGGAAGGCCUCGAUUGGAUCUUUGCUGUUUAACUGCCGUUUCAUGGCAGUGGAAUGCGGUUGGGCAGAGCCCACGGCGUUCUCCAGCUCUGCUACAGCGCCCGUCUCCAGCGGGUUUUCAGUGAGCGAGCUCUAGCCCCGGAGCGCUAUGUGCUCAAACACGCCUCUCCAUACCGGCUCGCUCCCGACAGCCUGGAACAAGCCUGUCGCUAUCGCCGUGACGACGAGACUGAUGUCGAAGCCAUUUUUUUUAUAAGCGGAGAAAAUCUACUCUGUCAGUUUUUCUGUGCUGCGCAAUUCACGAAACAUUUUUGUUUUAUUUUUUAUUUUUGUCGUUAUUAUAAUUGUUGUUAUUAUUAUUAUUAUUAUUAUUAUUACAACUGGAAAUUAUUUCUACAGAUUUUUUUGUUGUUGUUCUUUUCUUUUUUAAUUAAUAUAACUUUGAACUAGUAUUUUUAUAUGAACCAUUUUAGAGAACAAAUCAGUUAUAUAUGGUGAGCAUAUAUUCUUUGUUGUGUGCAGUCCGUGUUGGUCAGUAUUAUGGAUGAGGUCGGCGACAGUAUUAAGUUUUGUCCUUGUCAGACUCGCUCACGGCUCUUGUUUUGGUGUUCUCAGUAUCUACUCCUCUACCGAACGUUUUACCUUUACCAGAUUCAUUCUCCAUCUUCCUUUUGAGGGGAAUUACCAGAGGAAAAAUCCCACUGUAGCUAUUGAAAAUCUGCACAGCUGUUAAUAUUUGGAAAAUGCUGAGUGUUGUGAAAGACGGUACUUUCUGGCUGAGGGAGAUCCUUUGCUGCUCUCCGGCAUGCACGUUCACCUUAUAGACCCGACAAAUCAAGCACAGAUCUCCCUCUCCAGUACUCAGCAGAAGUACAGUCUGAGCCAGUAAAAUUCCCCACAACAGCCUGAAAGCAAAAUCUACUCCUGUUUUUUUUUUUUUUACCCUGUAUUCCAAUAAAACAACAUUCUGAGUUACAUUUUCACUUUUCAGUUAAUGAGAGUAGAUCAUGGACAGGACCCAGGAAUGCAGUUUUGGGUGACUGAGAAGCCACACCCCAUUUAUAAGGCAGUACAUUAUGCGCUGUAGGGAUGCCAGUUCCAUUUUUUUUUUUUAAAUGAAAAAAAGCAAACAACAUAUGCUAGACAAAGUGUUCCAGCCUUGCCCACUAGCUUACGCCUGAAGUAAAAUAAAUCAACAAAUGCUGGAACGAGGAAGUGGGUAUUUGAUUGUCCAGCUGAGGGUCUGUGGAGGCGGGUCUGGACGGAAAAUAAAGGCUGCAUUCUUUCACAUCGUUUGCAUUGAGAUUGGACUGCAGACGGGAUUCUCCCUCCACACCAGUCUGCAGCCAAGCUGGGACAGCUCUGCCACAGACCUCUCCUGUACCUCCUGAGCACAGACUAGAUCAUCCUGAUGAAGUGGUGGCGAAGGAGACAGACUGCCCUCGUUUAUUCAAUAAAUUAAAACGAACAAACAAGCAAACAAGCAAACAAGCAAGCAAACGGCCUCCUUGGGCCUCUUAGCCAAUGAGCACAGUGCAUAGAAAUAAGUAGGGUAUAUAUUCCAGUAAGGGAGGCAUUAUGUUGCCUCUGUGUGUUCAUGAAUUUUUUUUCCACCACUACAUGGAUAUCAGAGAAGAAAGGAAACAUUUUUGCUCACACAUUGGUGUGAAACUGUCUUUGAUGGUUGUACUGUUGAGUUAUUGGUAUGUUACCAUGAUAUUAUACCAGUUUGUGCAUUGCCAUGAAUUACUUCAGUCUGUUUCAUAUUAUUUGUUUCUUUCCUUUUUGUGACUUAUAUACAUUGUUAUACUUAUGAAUUAGCAGCAUCUGUGUACCUGCUCAAAGCACCGAUAGUCCUUUCUGUGAAAGGAUCUCACAUCAUUCUGCAAGAACCUUCAAACUGAAAUAUUGUGAACCCCCUGUAGUGAAAUGCUUUUGUAAAAAUGAAGUCCAGUGUGUGCCUUUCAGGUACGUGUUUUCAGAAAUAGACAAUAAAAAGGUACAUUUAUUUGCCAAAGCCAAA